GCUGCCCCUAGCUUCUGAGGGCCUUACUCUCAGUAGAGGUGGUCCGUUAUGGCCCUGCUCCGGGCUGCAACCUGGAAGCUAUCUCCCUGGAGGGGCUACUGCUCCAGGGGGUCGCAGGGUGAACUCAGCCAGGGCUUUGUGGAGGCUCUGAAGGCGGUUGUGGGGGACCCCCAUGUGUCCACUGCUGCCUCGGUGAGGGAGCAUCACGGGCACGAUGAGUCAAUGCACAGGUGCCAACCUCCAGAUGCUGUGGUAUGGCCUCAGAAUGUGGACCAGGUCCGCAGGCUGGCAGCCCUGUGCUAUAGCCAAGGCGUCCCUAUCAUCCCAUUUGGCACAGGCACCGGCUUGGAAGGGGGAGUCUGUGCCGUGCAGGGUGGGGUGUGCAUCAACCUGACCCAUAUGAACCGGAUCAUGGAGCUGAAUACGGAAGACUUCUCUGUGGUGGUGGAGCCUGGAGUCACCCGUAAAACUCUCAACAUGCACCUGCGUGACAGCGGCCUUUGGUUUCCUGUGGGAGGGAAAGGUCCUCCCCAGCAGCCCUGUCCAGCAGUCUGCCCUCCAGACCCAGGUGCAGACGCUUCUCUGUGUGGCAUGGCGGCCACUGCGGCGUCGGGCACCAAUGCUGUGCGCUACGGCACCAUGCAGGACAACGUGGUCAACCUGGAGGUGGUGUUGCCCGACGGGAGGUUGCUUCACACUGCAGGCCCGGGCCGCCACUUCAGGAAGAGUGCAGCUGGCUACAACCUCACAGGACUCUUUGUGGGCUCUGAGGGGACGCUGGGCCUUAUUACAUCUGCCACCCUACGGCUGCACCCUGUCCCUGAGGCCACAGUGGCUGCCACCUGUGCCUUCCCCAGUGUCCAGGCUGCUGUGGACAGCACCGUUCAGAUCCUCCAGGCCGCAGUGCCCGUGGCCCGCCUUGAGUUCCUGGAUGAUGUCAUGAUGGACGCCUGCAACAAGCACAGCAAGCUGGACUGUCCUGUGGCCCCCACGCUCUUCCUGGAGUUCCACGGCUCCAAGCAGGCCCUAGCAGAGCAGGUGCAGCGGACAGAGGCAAUCACUCAGGACAAUGGUGGCUCCCACUUUGCCUGGGCCAAUGAGGCUGAGAAGCGCAGCCAGCUUUGGGCAGCGCGGCACAAUGCUUGGUACGCAAUGCUGGCUCUGUCUCCAGGCUGUAAGGCCUAUUCCACGGAUGUGUGUGUGCCCAUCUCUCGGCUGCCAGAAAUCCUGGUACAGACCAAGAAGGAGCUGAGGGCCUCGCGACUCACAGGAGGAAUUGUUGGGCAUGUGGGUGAUGGCAACUUCCACUGCAUCCUGCUGGUCAACCCAGAUGACGCUGAGGAGCAGACCAGGGUUAAGGCCUUUGCAGAAAAUCUGGGCAGACAGGCGCUGGCACUCCAUGGGACUUGCACCGGGGAGCACGGCAUUGGGCUGGGCAAGCGACAGCUGCUACAUGAGGAGGUGGGCGCUGUGGGCAUGGAGACUAUGAGGCAGCUCAAAGUCACACUGGAUCCCAGAGGCCUCAUGAACCCGGGCAAGGUGCUCUGAGGAGCUCCAAGCAAUUGGCCCAAAGUCUCAUAUUGCAGAACCCCCGUUCCGGAGGUUUCCCUCCUGCCACCCAUUCUUCAAAGGAUGAUGAUGCUGUCUCUGUGUUGGCUAGUCCUCUGUCGUGGAGCCCGGGGAUAGGGUGAGGAGAGAAGCCGAGUUUAUCUCUUUCCCCUUGCUUGUCUUAGGAGCCUUUUGGUCCAGUAGAUGACCCAGGGUUUUUCCCAGAGAAGCUGCUUCCCCUGUGCUCUUACACAUCCUGCCCUGGCUGGUGGAGAUGGUAUGGGCCCACUCUAAGACUAAGAUCAGGGCCCCCUGUAAAGGCCUCCCUGCUGCCGGAGCCCAGGACCCUUCAUGCUUCAUCCUGCACCUGGUGACAGGAGCGCUCCUUUUCUGAAAUGGGAAGGAGUCUCCCACUGUUGCUAGGCCUUCUCCUUGGGGCCCUGGCAGUUAAUGUGAGCCUCAUUUGCAGCUGUGGCUGGAGCAUCAAGUGGCACUUCCCAUGCACACACGCUCCCCUCCUGGUCUCCGACCUUUGGCUAGUGACCCGUGUUAAGUCCGUUCUCUGAGAUUUAUGGCAGCCCUAGGAGGCGGGUGGUGCUCAAGCUUUGGGCGGCAGCUUGUCCCAAUGCCUUCUGAGACCCUCAGGUUACAGAGCUGCCUGUGGCAGAGGUCACUUAUGACAGCUUUCCCGCCAGGCCGUGGAAGUCCGUACACCCUUCAGGCCACUGCAACUGGCAGUUAGAAAUGCAGACAUCAUCAUCCUUCAUGUACCAUACUUCGUGGUGUGAUGUACAGUACCAUUAACUUUCACCCUCAAAGUCAGGGUCAGCUUACCUUAGGGUCUGUCAGCCUUGGGAUCCUUGGCCACAGCUCCUGUCUAGGGUACUUGGUGUUGUUCCCUAAAAACCCACAAGAGGGCGCCCGACACCAUAAAUCUUCAACAGAUAACAUCUGCUCAGUGGCACCUGGCAGCACCCAACCAGGGCCACCUACUUCCUAGGGCCAGGAAUAGUCUAGUGGCCAGCCUCUAAAUCUUUCUCCCCUUGCAGAUCCCAGUCGAUUGUAGUACCUUCUCCCUUACCUCAGGGCCUCUAGGAAAGGGGUUGGGCACAAGGUGGCAGGGGAGCUAAGACAGGGGAUAGCCUCAGCCUCUCGCUUUCCUCAUAGCCUCUCCCAAGGCCCCCUUGGUUCUCAGGACCCCUUCUCUGUGCUUACAUCUGGUUCUAACAGCGGUGACACUGACCAAGGCUUGAGGACAAGGCUCUGUGACACCUGUCUCCUGGCGGCCCUGGUUGGGAGCAGGGGCACUUCGGUGGCAGGUCUCCUCAGCCCUCUCCAGCCCCACAGCAGGACAGAGCAUGCAGUCAGCACCAUGCUCACACACACAGCCUCCCCUUCCAGACAGACCCGGCUUUUCCCACCAGUCCUCCCGGGUGGAGUUCUGCUGGGCAGGGCUCUUAAACUAGUAAGCAACUCAGUAGAUGGCCAUUUCCCCAGGAUUUCUUUUAUUAAAGAAAAUUCUAAACAUACAGAAAAGUUGAAAGAACAAGUACACCAUUCACUAAAAUAUCAGUCACUGAAGAGUCAACAAUGGACAUUUUGCCUUAUUUGCUUUAUGUGUGAUUUUUUUUUGUGGGGGACACACUUGAAAUUAGAUUAUACAUUUCUUAAAUUAGUCACCUAUGUAAUUCAGCAUCUAUCUCCUAAAGACAUUCUCCUAUGAGCCUCAUUACUAUUAAAUGGCUAUUAGAUGGGUGGUUUUCACAAGGGGUUCCAGGGAGCUCCCAGAAGAGAAGAGGAAGAGCCCUCCCCCUGGCUUCUCCAUGUUCUUUCCUCUUCCAGAGGGUCAGAGCAAGACCACCACAGGAUUCUGGAGAGCUGUCUAGAUGGAGGGUGCUGGCGUCACCUGGGAAGCCCAGGCAAGCCUAGUCCCCGCCCUCACACCAGGUGUUGGUAUUUGGGUCUAAAUUCAGAAGGUGUGGUAGCCAGCAGAGGGCUUCCCUGUGCCUGGUGGGAGUGGAAGUCACUGGGGGUAGAGAUGAGCACCAGCCCAGAGAGCCUAGAAUAGCACCCAGCUGGGACCUAGCCCUGCCCCACCCGAUUCAAUCACUGGGCUCAGCUGUGGCAAUGCCAAAGCAGCCAGGUGCAAACCACCAAGGUGGGCACACAAAGCCUCUGUCUCCAGGCCCAGGGGUCAGGCAAGGAGAUCUCCUUCAGGGCUGGGCCCUGCCCCGCCAGCUCUGCUGGUAGAAUUAAAUAUAGAACAGGGAGACACAGUUGCCAGGCAGAAGCAGGAGGUGCUGUGAAUAGAACAGUGCCCUUUGCAGUAACAAAGCUACAAGGAAGCCUGCUGCGCAUGUGCCAGGCUUUCAGGGCAGAUCCCCUGACCCUCAUGGUGACCUCUGUCUGAGCUGCAUGAUUUAUGUCCCCAAGCAAGGAAUCUGAAGUUCAGAUGAAUGAAGUUAUUUCUCUAUCAUCAUGCUGCCAAGUACAGUGCUCAAAUGCAGAGAACCCAUGCUCUAGGCAACAACCCACAACAGUGCUCAUGGCUCAGGUACCAGGGUCUCAACUCUAGCAGCCAGGCUCUAAAACACAUAGGUUCUCUGAGCUUGCCUGCCUUCCCUGGCUCACACAUGCCCACUGGCCUCCACUGAAUGCUUUGGCACAGAGUAGUUGCCUCAGGAAGUGUCUGAAGGAAGAUGACCUCAGAGCAAGGGGUCCUGGCGGCAGCACAGUCCAGGCCUAAGAAGGGUCAGGACAGAGAAGGUGUGUAGCUGUCUCCCCUUGGGCUUCCUUGGCUGGCUCUGCAGGAGGCCCUAAAUGCAGCUCCAGGAGCCUGGCUGGGAGACGGAGGCUGGGCACAUACAACCGUCCCCUGCCUUGAACUUCCUGCUCAGUCUGCACUUUGCCAAUUAUGUGAGGCUGAGUGGCCGGUUCUGGUUUAAGGGCUUUGAGUUGGCUCAGCCCCAAACCAAGGCCUCUUCCUGGGCCUCAAUGAAGCAAGCCCAUGAGUCAGCACUGAGCUGAGCAAGGAGCAACAGGCAAACUGAACAUGGGAUGGGGCACAGAGCUGCGAGGAGGGAGGGGCCAGGCUGGCACCUCGCUAGGGGCACUCAUAUCUUUGCAGCCACCAAUAGUUGUAAGAUCUUUGCCCCUUUCCAGAAAGUUCCAUCACAACCACUCCAAAGACAAUGGCAGAACUGUGAUGCUUAAAGUUUGUAAACCUGUAUGACACAUACCUGAACCAUCACUUCCCCUCCACCCAGGUGUGGCUGUGAGAACCACUAAACACACCUCAAAAAUGCCAGGCAGGUGCUGAGGGAAUGCUGGCAUAUGUGAGUGGUGGGGGACCGAGGAGAUAGGACUUUACCCUCAUUUCUUGACUGUAUAACAGUAUUUCAUCAGAAUAAAAUCACACAGUGCCUUUUA